AUGUCAAAUACUGCUAAUAAGAAUGCCCCUGCUCCUAAAUUGAAGAAAGAAAGUACAAAUUAAUCAACGACCAAGCUAACAUCUUCGACUAUUAAGAAACAACCAGUUUAAUAAACCUAAAAAGCAAAUGAGCCUCCUUAAAAGAAAAUUGCAAACACUGAUUCAUUGCUUGAAAAAACUUCUGAGUCAGCAUAGGCUGCCAAAUCAACUAAAGUUGUUCGAACUACAACAAGAUCAAUCACUACAAAAUUAGACGAUGGAAAACUUAAGCAACCAGCUGAAUUGACAAAUAAAUAAGAUUCUACUUAAAAUAAGAAUUCAAAAAAAUAAACUUUAAAACCUGGUAAACAGCAGGAUAAACAAAAAGUGGAACAAUAAAAAGAAUAAGUUUAAACUAAGGGUCAAGGUGUAAUAAAAUCAUAAGAUGAUACUAAUUCAUAAGUAUCAAAUUAGUUUGAUAAAACAACAGAUAUAAACAACUCAAUUAUAGAAUAAGAUUAAAUUUAAGAGAAUUAUAAUUAAGAUACGACAGAAGCAAAUAAUUAGGAUAGUAUAUUGAAUGAAGAAUAAUUUUAAUAUAGAAGUUAAACAAAUUAAUCACUAACUGAAAACGUAAAUGAAUCAGUUAAUCCAGAUUAUGAUGGAGAUAAUUUAUAGUCUGUUAAGGAAAAUGAUGUAAAUGAUGAUGAUAAAUCUCCUUACAAGGAUGUUAGUUUAAUGGAGUAUGAUGAGAUAGAUGAUUAAAAUAUAGAAGAAAAUUAAAAUAUAUAAGAUGAAUAAAAUGAGGUUAAUGAAAUAAUGAAAUAAAACUAGGAGCAAGAAAAAUAAGUAGAAAUGGAAGGGAAUGAAAAUAAAAAAUAAGAGAAGGAAAUAUAUUAAAAAUUAGAAAUAAAAAAUGAAUAACCUGCAAAUAUAAUAAAUGAAUAAGUUGAAGAAACAAAUUAAUAAGAUAAUAUAGGUUUGGAAGGAUAAUAAAAAGAUAUAUAACUAAAAGUGAAAAAAAUUAUCGAUUUAAAUAACGAAAUAAAAAUAAAUAAUAAUGAAUAACAUGUUGAACAAUAAGUUGAAAAUUAAUAGGAAAAGGAAAUUAUCCAUUAAGUAGAACAUGUGAUUGAAUAACAUCAUUAAGAAUAAGUAGAAAAUUUUUAAGAACAUGUUGAAUAAUAAGUUGAAAAUUAAUAAGAAAGGGAAAUUAUCCAUUAAGUAGAACAUGUGAUUGAAUAACAUCAUUAAAAAUAAGUAGAAAAUCAGUAAGAACAUGUUGAAUAAUAAGUUGAAAAUUAAUAAGAGAAGGAAAUUAUUCAUUAAGAAUAACAAUAAGUAGAGCAAGUGGUUGAAUAACAUCAUUAAGAAUAAGUAGAAAAUCAGUAAGAACAUGUUGAAUAAUAAGUUGAAAAUUAAUAAGAAAGGGAAAUUAUCCAUUAAGUAGAACAUGUGAUUGAAUAACAUCAUUAAGAAUAAGUAGAAAAUCAUUAAGAACAUGUUGAACAAUAAGUUGAAAUUUAAUAAGAGAAGGAAAUUAUUCAUUAAGAAUAACAAUAAGUAGAGCAAGUGGUUGAAUAACAUCAUUAAGAAUAAGUAGAAAAUCAUUAAGAACAUGUUGAAUAAUAAGUUGAAAAUUAAUAAGAGAAGGAAAUUAUUCAUUAAGAAUAACAAUAAGUAGAGCAAGUGGUUGAAUAACAUCAUUAAGAAUAAGUAGAAAAUCAUUAAGAACAUGUUGAAUAAUAAGUUGAAAUUUAAUAAGAGAAGGAAAUUAUUCAUUAAGAAUAACAAUAAGUAGAGCAAGUGGUUGAAUAACAUCAUUAAGAAUAAGUAGAAAAUCAUUAAGAACAUGUUGAAUAAUAAGUUGAAAAUUAAUAAGAGAAGGAAAUUAUUCAUUAAGAAUAACAAUAAGUAGAGCAAGUGGUUGAAUAACAUCAUUAAGAAUAAGUAGAAAAUCAUUAAGAACAUGUUGAAUAAUAAGUUGAAAAUUAAUAAGAGAAGGAAAUUAUUCAUUAAGAAUAACAAUAAGUAGAGCAAGUGGUUGAAUAACAUCAUUAAGAAUAAGUAGAAAAUCAUUAAGAACAUGUUGAAUAAUAAGUUGAAAAUUAAUAAGAGAAGGAAAUUAUCCAUUAAGUAGAACAUGUGAUUGAAUAACAUCAUUAAGAAUAAGUAGAAAAUCAUUAAGAACAUGUUGAAUAAUAAGUUGAAAAUUAAAUAAGAGAAGGAAAUUCAUUCAUUAAGAAUAACAAUAAGUAGAGCAAGUGUAGAAAAUCAUUCAAGAACAUGUUGCUUAAUAAGUUGAAAAUUAAUAAGAACAGGGAAAUUAUCCAUUAAGUAGAACAUGUGAUUGAAUAACAUCAUUAUGAAUAAGUAGAAAAUUUUUAAGAACAUGUUGAAUAAUAAGUUGAAAAUUAAUAAGAAAGGGAAAUUAUCCAUUAAGUAGAACAUGUGAUUGAAUAACAUCAUAAAGAAUAAGUAGAAAAUCAUUAAGAACAUGUUGAAUAAUAAGUUGAAAAUUAAUAAGAGAAGGAAAUUAUUCAUUAAGAAUAACAAUAAGUAGAGCAAGUGGUUGAAUAACAUCAUUAAGAAUAAGUAGAAAAUCAUUAAGAACAUGUUGAAUAAUAAGUUGAAAAUUAAUAAGAGAAGGAAAUUAUCCAUUAAGUAGAACAUGUGAUUGAAUAACAUCAUUAAGAAUAAGUAGAAAAUCAUUAAGAACAUGUUGAAUAAUAAGUUGAAAAUUAAUAAGAGAAGGAAAUUAUUCAUUAAGAAUAACAAUAAGUAGAGCAAGUGGUUGAAUAACAUCAUUAAGAAUAAGUAGAAAAUCAUUAAGAACAUGUUGAACAAUAAGUUGAAAUUUAAUAAGAGAAGGAAAUUAUUCAUUAAGAAUAACAAUAAGUAGAGCAAGUGGUUGAAUAACAUCAUUAAGAAUAAGUAGAAAAUCAUGAAGAACACGUUGAACAAUAAGUUGAAAUUUAAUAAGAGAAGGAAAUUAUUCAUUAAGAAUAACAAUAAGUAGAGCACGUGGUUGAAUAACAUCAUUAAGAAUAAGUAGAAAAUCAUGAAGAACAUGUUGAAUAAUAAGUUGAAAAUUAAUAGGAAAAGGAAAUUAUCCAUUAAGUAGAACAUGUGAUUGAAUAACAUCAUUAAGAAUAAGUAGAAAAUCAUUAAGAACAUGUUGAACAAUAAGUUGAAAUUUAAUAAGAGAAGGAAAUUAUUCAUUAAGAAUAACAAUAAGUAGAGCAAGUGGUUGAAUAACAUCAUUAAGAAUAAGUAGAAAAUCAUUAAGAACAUGUUGAACAAUAAGUUGAAAUUUAAUAAGAGAAGGAAAUUAUUCAUUAAGAAUAACAAUAAGUAGAGCACGUGGUUGAAUAACAUCAUUAAGAAUAAGUAGAAAAUCAUGAAGAACAUGUUGAAUAAUAAGUUGAAAAUUAAUAAGAAAGGGAAAUUAUCCAUUAAGUAGAACAUGUGAUUGAAUAACAUCAUUAAGAAUAAGUAGAAAAUCAUGAAGAACAUGUUGAAUAAUAAGUUGAAAAUUAAUAGGAAAAGGAAAUUAUCCAUUAAGUAGAACAUGUGAUUGAAUAACAUCUUUAAGAAUAAGUAGAAAAUCAUGAAGAACAUGUUGAAUAAUAAGUUGAAAAUUAAUAAGAAAGGGAAAUUAUCCAUUAAGAAUAACAAUAAGUAGAGCAAGUGGUUGAAUAACAUCAUUAUGAAUAAGUAGAAAAUCAUUAAGAACAUGUUGAACAAUAAGUUGAAAUUUAAUAAGAGAAGGAAAUUAUUCAUUAAAAAUAACAAUAAGUAUAGCCUGUGAUUGAACAUCAUAACUAAUAAUCAUUUGAAAAUCAUUAAGAAUAUAUUGAACAACGAGGAAAAUUUUAAUAAGAAACAGAAAUAAUUCUUUAAACUACUACUAUCUAAAACUAUCAGUAAUAAUUACUAAUCUCAAAUCUUAUAAAAACCUAUCGAAAAGUAAGUUUUUGA